AUGUCAACCACCAGCCAUCUCGCUUCAUCUUGUAUGAUAAAUGCAUGUAACGCCAUAAAUAUAAAUGAUUUCUUAACUUUUUUCAACUUCUCUGCCCAUUUUUUUUCUCUCAGCGUGUGGACAGAGGAGUCCAACUGUACAGUGCUAAACUCUAGCAUAGUUGCUGAGAUUAACUGCAGCUACAGUUGCGGCUCAGAGUGCAGGAAGAGCUCCAGGUUUCCCUGUCUUCAAGUAUUCGUCAGUCUGAACGGCAAAGUUCUGCGGCUGUCAUACAAUGAGGAGGCCCAUGAGGCCCACCCUGAGUGUUUUUACAUCCCAAAGUGCCGCAAGGAUCACACGCUGAUGCACAGCAUUGUGAUGAACAUCUCAGAGCGACUGAAGACGCACCAGCAGGUUCUGUGCUACUACGACCCCUCGGAGCAGCAGGACAGCGUCCUCCUGACACGUCUCUAUGGCCGCGGGGCCAUCAUUAGCUCGCUCCUCUGGCCCACGUGCACACUGGUGGGGGGAACCCUCAUCAUCGCCAUGGUGAAGCUCACUCAGUACCUGUCUUUCCUGUGCGAGCAGAUCAGCCGAAUUAAAAGGAUGGGGCUCUAUUCCUUAACAGGUGGUUCUCACACCAGGGUCUGCACUCGGAAGUUUAACGGCAGCAUCCAGGAUGGGGUUUGAAUGGAAGUUUUUUCUACUCCGUAUAUAGCGACAAAGUGUUUCCGCUCUCCUCUGACACUCCAUCAGCCUUGGUAAUCUGCCAGGUCUUGUUGACAAGACUGAAGUAAUGUUGUGCACCAUUGACUCAAUAGAGUUUCUAGUGGUUGUAGUUGGAACUUUUUACAAUAAGACUGGGUCAAGUCCAAUCCUGAAACUCAAGGGUCAACAUAUGUGGACAUGUUGUGGGGUGUCAAUUACACUUUCUGACCAGCAUAUCUGAGACUCCAUUCCAAGAAGCUGCCACUGAGUAGCAAUAUGUCUUGACCAGCUGACCCUUAUGUAAUCACAGAAAUUAAAAGUAGUAUGUAUAUGCUACUGUCAUCAGUGGUGACUGCUGUCAUUCAUGGCUCUUUGACAAACACCUGUGGACCUCUUCAAAGCCAAAGGUCAUGUGUUGAUUGUGAAUUUUCUGUAUUUCUUAAAGGGAUAGUUCACCUAAAAAAAGAAAAUUCUAUCAAUUUAUUCACCCUCAUGUCAAACCUGUAUGACUUAAUUUCUUCUAUGGAAGAUGAAAAAUAUUUACCUAACAUUUUACAAUAUGGUUUCAUUUGUUGACAUUGGUCUACAUGAACUGCUCUAACAAUGGACAAAACUGAAUUAUCCAUGCAAUGCCCUAUGAUGAAACAUAAGCAAUGGGCAAUUGUGUUUAUUUUUAUCAACUAAUAUAUAUAUAUGUGUGUGUGUGUGUGUGUGUGUGUUAACAAAAGAGACCUUAAUGUAAAGUGAUAUUUUAAAGAACAUCAGGGUCUAAACAACAUUUGAUUACAUUGACUUUUAUUGUACAGACAUUUUAAAAAUAUAUUUUAUGGUUUUCCACAAGAAAAGAAAAAAGAAAAAGAAAAAUCAUGCAGGUUUGGAACAACAUGAGGAUAAGAAUGACAAAAUUGUCUUUCUUUUUUUUCUUCAGAUGAAAUCCAGUCUAGUCUUAGUAGUGCACCAGUGUAGCAGACCCAAAAGCUGUGUAAAGAAAUCUAGUGUGUUUUCUAGUUAGCAAAGUAAGGCAUCAUAUACGCAAAGUCAAGCCUGUUCUAAAAUGUGGGUGGUGACAUUAAUGCCAAAUUCUAAGUUGUUUGCAAAGAAAAUCUUCUAAACCAGCUAGACACAUUACAGUAGAAUAGAACAGAAUAAUGUGUCAUCAACAUCUGCAAUGUACAUUGUGUGAAGUGCUUAAAAAACAAGACAAUCGUCCUCAGUAUUUUACAUCUACAUAGACAAAUCAUUAACUAAUCAGAGCAAAGGAAUAAAAGAAUUUUAGAAAAGACAUUUCAGGACAUUUCCAUUUAAUCAUGUAUAUAUUGUAAUUCCAGUUAACCUCUGCAUUCUGUAUUUGUGUUUUUUUUUCUUUCCAUUAGAGUGAUUUCUUUUUUGUUGACUAUUAACCAGGAAUCUUGUAUUGUCAAUUGUUAAUAUAUGGAUGUGAUUUGUCACUUGCAAAAAAAAACCUGCAGGUGGAUUGAAUGAUUUGUAAGGUUUUGCAUAGAAAGAAACAACAGUGCCUCAGUUUUUUUUAGACAAUAUCUACAGUGACUGAAUAAAUUCAGUAGCAGUC